CUGGUGUAGCGGCCACAAACAGGAAGAAAACAUCCAUCCAGCUGUUAUCUAAGAAGGGAGAGCUCCGGCUAGCCUAGCAGCCUGUGUACCAUUGGCACAGUAAUGAAACGGUGUUGUACCAUGCUGUGUCCGGAGUAGUGCCUGUAUCGACGGACACCCAGAGAACACGGUUCUCCUCGACUUUCCUCCGGUCUGACUGUUGAAACAAGGUGUGAAUGAGUGACGUGGUGCCUCCCACAGCUCUCAGUGAAGUCCAGCUCCGCUUCCUCUGCCACGAUGACAUAGAGAACGUCAAGCUGCUCUGCGGUGAUUGGUUCCCAAUCGAGUACCCAGACUCAUGGUAUCAGGACAUCACCUCCAACAAGAAGUUCUUCUCCCUCGCUGCCACCUUCAGAGGAGGCAUCGUGGGAAUGAUUGUGGCCGAGAUCAAAGGCCGGACCAAAGUACACAAAGAGGAUGGAGACAUCCUGGCCUCCAGUUUCCCUGUGGACACACAGGUAGCCUACAUCCUCAGCCUGGGAGUGGUCAAAGAGUUCAGGAAACAUGGCAUAGGCUCCCUACUGCUGGACAGUUUGAAGGAGCACAUCUCAACGACAGCCCAGGACCACUGUAAGGCAAUCUACCUACACGUCCUCACCACCAACAACACUGCCAUCCACUUCUAUGAGAACAGGGACUUCAGGCAGCACCACUACCUGCCCUACUACUACUCCAUACGAGGCGUCCUCAAAGACGGAUUCACAUACGUGCUCUACAUCAAUGGGGGCCAUCCACCCUGGACAUUAUUUGACUACAUCCAGCACAUCGGUUCAACCCUGGCCAGCCUGAGCCCCUGCUCCAUCCCUCAGAGGCUGUACCGACAGGCCCAGUCCCUGCUGCGCUCUCUGCUCCCCUGGUCCAACAUCGCCUCUAAGACUGGCAUACAGUACAGCAGAACAAUGUGACACAACAUGGAGCGAAACUUCCGUUUCUCAUCAGUCUUCCCCUGUACACACCAAGAUGUACACUCACACUCGCGUUCUCCAUCUCGCACAGGUUUCCACACCCUGUGUAUGACACAGGACUCAGGUUCAACCUGCGUUUGACCACUCACACACCAGAAUACUAUUCCCCAUUCACUACACAUGGCACUGUUCACACAAAGAUCCAGGUUUGAUAAACAGGGUUGUUGCAUUGCAGCGUCACUCAAAGUGCAGUGUUGUUGUUUUUACACUGACACACAGAGGGAUUGCUUUAAAUCAUUCUGUUACUAUACUAUCCCAUAUAUACUCCACUAUCCAUUAGUUACCAUAGUAACCUGUGUUUACCCAGUCAUACCAAAGUGGAGCAGCGUCACACCCGCUUUCAACCCAGGCAGCUGAGCAAAGCGGAGAACCUGGUUCAGUUAAUCCACGUUGACCCAGGCACUCCAGCUCAUAAUGGUUGUCUCUUCACACACACACACACACACACACACACACACACACACACACACACACACACACACACCGUGAACCCUACAGAGACUUCAUCCUGUCCACCACUGUCACAGAGACUAUGUAUACUGUUUGUAUAUUAUAUAUACUAAGCUAAUAUAUAAAUUUCUGUCAUUAUGUAUGUCUAUUCUAUGCUGUUAGUAGGCCCAGUUGGAAGAUAUCCCACCCUGUCCCCUUUUUGAGUAGAGACUGAAUCCAGAGUCAAUUCCAGUUUGUGAAAUAGAGACUCAAGAACAAGUUAAAUUUAAUUGGACUGUAAAUCUAGCAAUGUGUAGGCUAGUAUGGUAGAAUAAAGCUAAAUAUAUGCAGGAAACCUUGAGACACAAUGUAGAUGGCUGAUAUAUUUUAGUACCAACUGGAGUUUUCAAAAAGGAUUCUUCCCUUUUGAAAAUUCACUACAUUGUCGAUUUUCUGGAAACUGUGCUAUUGACAUCAGUACAGAAUGUACUCGGCACUUCCUGCAACAGAGUUUACAGACACCUCACAUAUUAUGCAGUGCUGUUUGAAAGUCUUACAUAAAAUCAGAACUCAACGCAAAAUGGCCUUUCUACAUUGUUUCCAAAUGUUGCCCAUGUAUAGUUCACACAAGAGUGAGGGGGAGUUGCUCGGGGUGCUUCUUUUAGAGGUUUUAAAUGGCUGCAGCUCUGUCUGUCUGCUCCACAGCUGUAAAAAAAAAUGCUGCUCAUGUAGAGAAAUGUCUAUUUGUUUGUCAAGAUUUUAAAUUAUGGCCCAGAUUAGAUUUGUUUUUAAAUUGGCCCAUACACGAAGUAGGAAAAAGGAAGUCCCAAACACACGUGUCAUACACCUUGUGUGCUUGUGUGCGUGCAGGCGUGUAUGUCCAUGUGUGUGUAUAUAUGCACACAGGGUCAGAAAUUAGCACCCAGCUAGUGCCAAAUGUUGGUCUUAUCUGUCAGCGGAAGAAAAAAUGAGUAAAGUUCACCCAACAUGAUGACUGGUAACUUUGUCCGUGAGUAACAUUGUAGUUUCUCAAUUUUAUCGCAUUCUCUUGCACUUCGUAACCAAUUUCAAACCUGAUCCAGUUUAUCAGCGUCAAUGUAUCAGUGAGCAAAUAGAUUUUAUACAUGACAUAGCACUGAAAAGGGGUAUGGGUAACUGUGUGAAAAAUGUGCAUUCAUUGUUAAAAGGUGAACGUUUCUCAGUCUACCAGCCCUGGGCAGGUAGCUCAGAGGGAAUUUCAGACAUUGUGUAUGCAAUAAACUUGUUUCAUUUGACUGAUUGUAAA